AUGCUUGGCGCACAAGCGUUAAGAACAAAGCAGAAAGCUGAACAAAAAGAGAAGGAGAAAAGACAACGUGAGCGACUACGAAGUCUUGAGCUUCAACGCGAUAAGCUGCAUAAAGCUGCAUGUGAAGAAGCAGCUGCACAUUAUUUGGAGAUUUCCGCUCAACCACCGCUGAAAUCGACAAAACACAGGCAUAGUGUUCACACAUCCACGGUGCCGCAUUUACAAGUAACGUCAGCCUCAUUUGAGAAGAUCCCUACUAAUGGACAGUACCUAAAGAACCCAAAUGGACCUCAACGUUCUACAUCGUCGGACUAUUGUAGAGAGGAUCGUAAAGAGGCACUAUCAAACAGUAAUAAAUUCUUGAAAUGGCUUGGAAUAGGUAGUGGAAAUGACAAAAAAGAUCUAAAACAUCGUAGGAUGAGCACUUUCACCUGA